UUUGUCACCACCAGCUUCUCUCGCGGAGCUUGCACCGCGGCGCCACUUCUCUCCCACCUACCCGGCCUCGGGCAGCCCCACGGGCGAUCGUCCUGGCUUUGGAGCCCAUCAUGCCGUGGAACCUGACCGCGGAGCAGCUCUCGGCGUUGCUGCGGCUGCACAACCUGACGCGCUCGCAGUUUAUCGCGCGCUAUCGGCUACGGCCACUGGUGCUCACCCCGCAGCUGCCCGCCCGGGUCAGGCUGGCCCUCCUGCUUGCCGGCCUGAUCAUCUUCACCCUGGCACUCUUCGGAAACGCCCUGGUGGUCUAUGUGGUGACCCGCAGCAAGGCCAUGCGCACCGUCACCAACAUCUUUAUCUGCUCCCUGGCGCUCAGCGACCUGCUCAUCGUCUUCUUCUGCAUGCCGGUCACCAUGCUCCAGAACGUCUCCGACACCUGGCUGGGGGGAGCCUUCAUUUGCAAGAUGGUGCCCUUUGUCCAGUGCACUGCCAUUGUGACAGAAAUCCUCACGAUGACCUGCAUUGCCAUGGAAAGACACCAGGGGCUUGUCCAUCCUUUUAAGAUGAAGCGGCAGUACACCAAUCAAAGGGCGUUCACAAUGCUGGGUGUGGUGUGGCUUGUGGCCAUCAUCAUAGGAUCACCCAUGUGGCAUGUACAGCGACUUGAGGUUAAAUAUGACUUCCUAUAUGAAAAAGAACACAUCUGCUGCUUGGAGGAGUGGAGCAGCCCCACGCACCAGAAAAUCUACACCACCUUCAUCCUCGUCACCCUCUUCCUGCUGCCUCUCUUGCUGCUGCUCGUCCUCUAUGGUAAAAUCGGUUAUGAGCUUUGGAUCAAGAAAAGAGUAGGGGACAGCUCAGCGCUCCAAACUCUUCACGGAAGGGAGAUGUUCAAAAUAGCCAGGAGGAAGAAGCGAGCUGUGAUCAUGAUGGUGACAGUGGUGGCUCUCUUAGCUGUGUGUUGGGCACCUUUCCAUGUCUUUCACAUGAUGAUUGAAUACAGUAAUUUUGAAAAGGAAUAUGAUGAAGUCACAAUCAAGAUGAUUUUUGCCAUAGUGCAAAUAAUUGGAUUUUUCAAUUCCAUUUGUAAUCCCAUUGUCUAUGCGCUUAUGAAUGAAAACUUCAAAAAAAAUUUUGUGUCAGCAGUUUGCUAUUGCAUAGUAAAAGAAACCUCUCUAGCAUGGAGGCAUGGAAGUUCAGGAGCUAUGGCUAUGCAGAGGAGAGCAAAGUUAGCUGAUGGAGAGAAUCCCAUAGAGAUCAAGGGAGAAGUAUUUGAGAACACCAACGUCAAUGUCAAGUGGUGUGAACAGCCAAAGAAGAAGAAAACAUCACAAGUUGCUUCCUGUCCUCUUUAGUUCUGAAUUUCUGAGAACUCUGCUGUAGAUGUAGACAUUAAUUUUAAUGGAGUCUUCAGAGUUAGUACCUGUCAUACUGUAAUUGAAAGAAGAUUACGUUGAGAAAAUGUUGAGAGCUUUUACAUUAGAAAUGCUGGCAAACUCUUGAAAGGUGAAGGCAGCAGAAUCAGGAAUUUAAAGUAGUCCUCAGCUGCAUAAUGAGUUUUAGGGUAACUUGGCCUGCAAGAGAUCCUGUCUCAAGAAGCCGAAUUAAUAACAACCGUACUUACUAAUGAUUGUGACCAAAUAUUUUUCCGUGGAAAAUACAUAUGAACUACAAAUUAUUGAGUCAUUCUUGUGAUUCCUAGGUGAGGUUUUUUGUUUUUAUUUUGCAUUUAUGACUGGUUUAUCUAUGUUUAUGUCUGUGUACCAUAUGCAUACCUGGGUGCCCACAGAGGCCAGAAUAGGGCAUCAGAUUUCCUGGAAAAGGAGUUACAGAAGGUUGUGAGCUUUUGCUUCAUGGAUCCUGUGAACGAAACCCGAGUUCUCUGGAAGAGCAACCAUCUCUUCUGCCCUAAAGUGGAGCUUUAAAAAUCUUGUAUAAAAAGCAAUGUUCUUGCUAGUAAUUUUUGUCUAUGUGGUCAAUGUGAUAUGACUUUCUAUGUAUUGCUAAAUUGAAUGAAAACAUGAGAAAUGCAUCUUCCUCCUAGAAUGUUAAUUUAGUAGUUGAGCAUCGCACAUGACUGUUGAAGUUAUGCUAAUUCUUUUGCAAAUGAAGCCCUUACCAAAGCUAGUAAGUCUAAGAAGAUGGAGAAGCAGCCAAGCGUUAAGUAGCUUAGCAAUAUUGUACAUGGGGGUGGAGUUUCUUAGAGCCCCGAGUGACCAUUUCUGUGGUGACUGACAAGUUUCUUACCAUUUUUGCAGUCUUCAUUUGUUCUGGUGUAAACUGCAGUUGAUGCAUGCUCUAUCCCAUGAAGUCUCUAUGGAAACUGGAGGAGACACAAUUAGAAAAUUGUUUUGACGAGCAAAGCAGUCUUUCCUUUUGAAGCACUGUUCUGCUCAUGUCCCCAGCUUCCCCUCUCUUCCUGUUGGGAGUCUUGUCUUGACCCUGUCCAACUUGUCCCUCAUAAAUACAUUUGGUUUCUCUACUCAGAAGAAUAGCUUGAGGGACCUCAUGUAUGGACAGGACACACACACACACACACACACACAC